AUGCAGCGUGUCUCUCGUCGGUUGCAACCCCAUCGUAUCGUUUCAGAUCAGCCUGCUACUACUGAUACGGAGCAGAGUGCGGCUUCCCCUGUCCUUGCAAUCGGUGUGGAGGAGGACCAGAAUCAUCUGUUCAGCCAUGGUAUGAUUGUUGUCUCGGUCUGGGAGCAUUUUAGCAACAUUUUUGGUGUCAACUACCUCUCGAGUCAGUCCGUCCUACAGCGCUUUAACCUUUGGAUCUCCAAAGCUAGCAAGAAAAUCAGAGUGUCUCGCCUCGUUGGACUUGUUCCCAGUGUGAUCAGCUGGGAAAUUUGGCUCAGCAGAAACCAGGCCCGAUUUGAAGGUCGCGCGAUGUCCGCCUCCAAGAUUAUUUCCAAAGUUGCUCAAUGGUUGCAUGAUAUUGCUUGCACUAUCCUGGGUGAGGAUCGGAAUUCUCUAGCGGAUUCCAUCACGCUUCAACUCAUCAAUAUUCCCAAGGCAGAGUGUCAUCUUCCUAGAAACCAUUCCAUAGUUACUUGGCUUAAACCCCUUAGGGGCUUCCUUAAGUUGAAUGUCGAUGGUUCUUCUAGGGGGAACCCAGGGCUGAGUGGCGGUAGAGGGGUCUGUAGGGAUCACCAUGGUAAUCUGAUCUUUGCAUUCCAUCGCAACUACGGUCUCACCUUGAACACUAUAGCUGAAGCCCAAGCUAUGCUAAAUGGCAUCACGAGCUACUCCAAGUUGGGCCUCCGCAGCAUCAUUGUCGAAUCAGAUUCUUUGACAAUCGCCAAGGCAGCCGCGGAUAGGUACGAUUUUGUUCCUUGGAACAUUUGGUAUAAGAUAGGCACGAUUCGGGAGUUCCGUCGUUCCCUCAACCUAUCUUUCAGUCACAUCUUCAGAGAAGGGAACUCUGUGGCUGAUGCGUUGACUAGAUUAGCCAGUGAGGGUAAUCCUAAUAAUUUUUUUGUCUCCAAGUAUGCCCUUCCGGUUAAGGUCCAGGGCGCUCUUCUCCUCGAUCAAGCGGGCCUCAGAAACUUACAGUGUACCUGA